AUGAAGGUUCGUGCUCCAAGUCUCGUGUCGUUUACAUACAUCGGAUGCUUCAUCCAUGAGCUUUCCGAGGAAGUUCCCUCCCUAUCUGAGCUAACUAUUGGAGGAUUUUGUGCCUAUUAUUUUAUUAUGCGGGCUCCCAUGUAUUCGAGCUAUUGCAGCAACCUGAAGAGGCUUAAACUCGAAGUGUCUUCCGAGGUAUCUUCCUUAUGCAAGGUGAUUCCCGAUGAAUUUCAUCAAUUCCGCCAUCUGAAAAAGUUGGAAUUAGAUAUCACCAUAAUGUUUGGUGAUGGCCUUUGCUUCUUCAUAUUCUUGAUCAAUUGUGCUCCUCGUUUGUCCAGAUUAACCAUCCGGAGUGUUUCAGGUGAUUGAUUGCAACAUCUUCGGAGAUGCGCAGUGCCUAAUCUGAAGGCCGCUUCCCACUUCAUUCCAGGACGGAGGUUGGGUCUUAUAGUGUUGUUGUAAUCCGUACCAUUUAGUCGCUCUUGUAAUAGUCUAGAUCAGGUUGUGGGAACUUAAAAAGAGUCUUUAGUUAUUUAACGGUUGUUAAUAUUCAAUAUUGG